UACAGUUUACUCUUCGGAAUCACGCCUAAUUUUCUCCUCCUCCUCGUCUUCUUCAAUCCAAGAAUCUUUCAAGAAUCCAGACCUCAGAAUCCCAUUUCUCUAUAGAAUCACAAAUCUAUGAGCUUUCCACAAUUCCCCGACGCCAUGAACGUCUCGGAGCUUCAGGUGUGGGACAAUGCCGCCUUCGACAGUGACGAAGUACGGAUGAAAGCAUCGUGGUCGUCGAGUCUUGAUCCUGUGUUCGAGAACCCUUCCGAAUCAUUCGAUUCAGAUCGCAGCAAGGAAAAUCUGAGCCCUGUAAUGGUGAAUUCCUCUGUUUCUGUGAAAUCGUCAAUGAUCGCCGUUAAGCCCCUUCACUCGAAUGGCGUUCUAGGAAACUCACAGAGAAAAAAACCCUCGAAGGUUUUGACCAAGAAGAAGGCGUACGAGCAAGACGAUGAGAGAAAGAUCGAUUCUGAGAUUGAAGAAAUCGAGAACGAGAUUAAACGCUUGUCGUCUAGAUUGGAAACACUUCGACUUGAAAAGGCUGAGCGAAUCGCGAAAACGACUGUUGAGAAGCGAGGGAGAGUCGUGCCUGCGAAAUUCAUGGAAGCGAAACAGUGUGUGAAGAAGAUCGAAGAGGCUCCAUUGUCCUCGAGUGUGAAAUCGAAGUGUAAUCGGAGGGGUGUGAGUUUAGGGCCGUCGGAAAUCUUUGCCGAAGCGAAAUUCCGCCCUCCGGGGAAGAUGGAUAUGACCCCAGGUCCGGCGACACAAAGUGUGAAGAUUAUUGAGGAGCCUUCAUUGUCGUCGAGUGUAAAAUCGAAGUUUGAUCGGAGGGGCAUGAGUUUGGGGCCAUCGGAGAUAUUCGCCACAGUAAGAUUCCGACCGCCAGCGAAACUGGAAAUGACCCCUGCUACAGCGAUACAAAGUCGCCGGAAAUCGUGCUUCUUGCAACCUCAAGAUAUCGAGGAAUCAAAAUCAGCGAUAAUGGAAAGAAGGAAAAGCAUGACUGUUAGUCCCAAAUCGCGAAAAAAUGUGGGUAAAAUUGAAUCUCAAAAACAAGCGGCGACCACCAUAGUGGGAUCGAAAAAGCUUGUGAAGAAAGAAUCUUCUCUGAUUCAGCCGAGAAAACUCUUCAAAGAUGGUGAUAAGGAAAAAUCUGUGUCCAUCAAGAAGCCAUUGAAGCCAGGACGAGUAGUAGCAAGCAGGUACAACACUGUUUCGAGUUAUCAAUCGUGUGGGGCGGCCAUUGAAGCUGCUAGGAAGAGGUCGUUGCAGGAGAACGAGAAGGAAGAAGGCGGGAAGAAGGCACGAGGGAGUGAGGGAAUUACAGAGGGAGGGAGGACAAAGAAGAGGUGGGAGAUUCCACCUGAGAUCGUGCUUUACAAGAGGAAGGAGGAAGAAGAAGAAGAAAAGGAGGAGGAAAAGAAGGAGGAGACGACAUUGUUGAUGACAGAUUUGGAUUUGCUUCCAAAGAUCAAAACAACUCGAUUUGUUGAUGAGAGCCCAAGAGGUUCAGGACCUGCAAAAAGAGUGGCUGAAUUGAAGGGGAAGAAGAAAUCUUACUUUUGCCCAGAUAACGAGGAUGAAGAAGGAGAAGAAAAAGAAGAUGGGGUUGCUGGAUCUGCUGCUGCUUGUGGGGCUCUGAGUUUUGCAGAACAUGAAAGUGAUAAUGAUGAAGCUGAAGAUGAAACAUAAUAGAGAUGGUUUCUUGCUAGAGAACCUAAAACUAUAUUCCUAUAUGGUGGUGGUGAUUGAUUUGUUCUCUGUUGUGCAGAAAUAAUGCAACAAACAUUUUCUCUGAUGUUUGUUUUCUUCAAGUGGUCAGUCAAAAAUGCUACAUGGAAAUGUAUGUGUGAGGAGGCAUAUGGCUAUAUUACAUAUUAUAGCGGGGAAUCUGAUUGUUAUCAAUUUGCUAAAAAAAAAAUGAUUGAGUUUAAAUAAAAAUUGGUGUAAAAUAUUCCUGAUAACUGCAGUAGCAGAGCUUUACCUUUCCUUUUGGCAUUUAACUUUUACAAUCUCCUUUUG